CAGCAGCAACAACAAACAAUAUUUGGAGACAAAAACAACAACAACAACACGAGUAACUGGUAAUAGUAAGACACAGGCAGGUUAUUGUGACUCAGCUGGCCGCCAUGGAGCGACGCCGCCCACUGUUUCCCAUUGAACCUGAGCCACCAACAACGCCCACACAGCGCCUGACGCAGCUCGCAACGCGUUUGCUACGUGCCCUGCAAUUAAACUGGAAGAUUAUCAUUUCGGGCAUUACAUUGACGCUAUUGGCCGUUAUUUGGUAUUAUCCAACGUUCUUCUUGUUCUUCGCAUUCGUCAUCUAUUCCCUGGUGCUGGUCUUUGCAGCUGUCGCUGGCACCGUUUAUGUUCAUUACAUAUUUACGACCAAUGAGCCCCCAAGGCCCAAUCGACUGCCCUCCAAGUUGCUCUACAAUGCCACCAAAUGCAACAUAUUUGAUUUGCCAAAUCCCAUCAAGAAUCCAUCGAAUUUACCUUUAAUCUUUGGCAAAACAGUCGACCUGCAGCUACAACAGAUCAUUGAAUAUGUGCUGCGUGACUUUAUGGUGCCCUGGCUGGGCUAUGUCGUUACGAAGCCAAAGCUUAUUAACGAUGUUAUACGCGAGGAUCUGUGGAAUGCCAUUCAGAAGAUACACGAACGUGCCGCCAAAAUGGAUCCAGCCAAGAUCAUCGCAGUCGAUAUGGUCAAUCGCGUCACAGUGCAUCUGGAAAAAAUACGCAUUGCCGAGGCGCGUGUUGCGGACACGAAUAGCGCUCCGGUGUUUAGCACCAAUUCGUACCUGGCCGAUGAGGAGAAGGAAAUGGAGUUUUUGCGUAAGCUGUGCGAGAUUAUGGUCAUAUUGCUGCUGCCGCGCGGUUACUCACUGCCCCCACUCAAGGUGCUGCUUAGUGAGAUUCUCUCUUUUAAGAUAUUCUUUCCAAUGAUUAAAAUGGUGACCGCACCAGACUAUAUCAAUCAGAAGGUUGUGCAGAACAUUGAGACGCGUCUCGCGGCAGCAGCGAUAAGUAAACGGAGCUACGAGUACGCUGCAAGCUUUGAGGAAUUCCUAAAGAUCAUCAAUAAUUCGGGGAAUCUGGAGGAGCUGUCGCUGAUACGAAAAAGUAUUGUCAAUGAUCUGAUGCAUGCUACCAGCAUGCAGAAUUUGCAACGUGCCAAAGGCCUCGAUCCGGAUACCGAGGAUCAUACGCUGACCAAGUCAGAGCUGACGGCCGCUGUGCGGCUAAAGCGUUACGUGCACCAACUCUCAUUGGCCAAGGGCCAGUGCGAAAAGAAUCUGGCCAAGUUUGGCUGGAACGGCAACUACUCGAGCGAUACAGACUUAACUCUGGUGGAGAUACUCAAUACGGCUGUGGGAAGGCGCUUUUUUACGCUGUUCUUGGAGCCGCUAAAGGCCAGCGCCCUGGUUGGUUUCUACCUGGCCGUGGAUGAGAUGAAGCAUUCUCACAAAUCCGCCACACAUCAGCUGGGUACGGAGAUCUUUUACACGUACAUACGUGUGCCCAAGCCAGAGAUACAAAUCGAUAAGCACGAACGCAAACUGAUCGAGACCUUUGUGCUGGGCGAUGCGGGUCCAGAUAUAUUUUAUGAUAUACAACGCAACAUUUUGCGUACCCUGGAGGACAAAUACUAUCCACCGUUCGUUCAGAGCGAACAGUAUCGCCAACUAAAGGAGGCGCUCGACUCUAACGAAUUUAACGAUCCCACCUUGCUGACGUGCCCCACAUUGCUGGGCGAUGUGGCCGACGACGAGCAAGCCUUUGUCGCGGAUGGCCUGAAUGGCACCAGCGGUGCACCCGCUGCCAUCGAUGUCGCCGCUCACACAUCGUAUGCACGCAAGAAACUGGAGCAGAUACAGGAGCGCAUCGACAAGAAGAAUCAGGCACUCGACGCACUUAAAUACUCGGUGAAGCCAGAGUCAAAAGUGCUGCAGAUUCUCGAGAAGGAAAUGGAGUGGCUCAAGAGCGAGAAAAGACAAACGGAGGCUCAUUUGCGACGCACAGAUGCUUGGACCGAGCAUCUGGGCAAGUGGAAGGCCACCAUACAAAGUGUCGAGGUGUCCGAUGAAAAGGAGUCAUUGCAGUUCAUGAUCCUGGUGCAUGUCGACGAGGAUAUUAAUGCGCCGGCGCAGUCAGCUCACAAGAAUGGAGACAGCAACACUGGCCGAGCGCAGAGGCGUCGUCCGUCGGGCAUCUCCAGUGGCUGGGUGGUCAUGCGUUCCCUAAACCAAGUUCAUGAGCUGCAACGUAAACUCCGGCACGUCUGCUCCAAUUUGAAAUCGCUGGAUUUGCCAACAAAUUUCAAGUUCUUCUUUUUGAAGACAGAUCGUCAUGCGCAGGAGAAGGCCAAGGGGCAAAUACAAAAGUUUCUAAAUUUUAUACUGGAGGAUGAUCAUUUAAAUGGCAGCGAGGCGAUCUACACAUUUCUCAGUCCCAGCUCGGAUCAUUUGAAGCAGACACUGCCCUCGCCCAAGAAAUCGAAAUUCUCUCUCUCGACGCUUUUCAAGAGCGACGCUACUAAGGCACACGAGUCGAGCAAGGCGAGCGAUCCAUUCUGGGGACUGCAGCGUGAUGAUGACGAUAUGUCCACCUACCUGGAUGGCGAGACGAGCAGCGAUGCUAAAUUGCUGGCGGAUAUUGACAGCAAGGACUCAAUUGCUGAGCCCAUGUAUGCACUAAUGGGCGAGGUUUUUGACAUGGGCGGCGUCUUUAAGUGGCUGCGCAAGAGUAUCAUCUCGUUCGUGCAGAUCACAUAUGGACGCACCAUAAAUCGGCAGAUACGUGAAUCUAUCGCCUUUCUGUUCGAGGAAUCUAUGCUGCACAACUAUUUCUCGGCCAUAUUGAAAUCGUUUUGGCCAGGUGGUGUUCUCGCCUCGGCCUAUCCAGUGCGAUCGGAUGAUAUGAAAGAGAUGACCACCAAUGCGGCCAAAGCCCUGCUUACAGAUCAUAUACCCGAGGUGCUCUGCAAUCUGGUUGGUGCCCAGGCGGCCAAACGUGGCGUACUCAAGGUCUUCGAUGCACUACAGAAUCCCGCAUACAACAAACAGCUAUUCUAUGAGCUGCUUGAGAUCUUGAUGAUUGAGUUCUUUCCCGAAAUACGACAGCUGAAGGUGAACAGCGGCAAUGGUGGCGCCAAUAAAUUGACUACGGCCACCGCUGGCGGUGUGGCAGCUGCCUCGGCGGCAGCCGCACUGGCUGCCGUUGCAGCAUUGCCACUUAACUACAAUAAUAGUCACAAUAGCCAUCAUGGCUCAAAUCAACAUGGACAUGGUUCCUCAUCAUCAUCGUCUGCAUCGGGCAGUUCAAUGGGACAUCCCAAGGAACAUUAUCAUCAGCUGCCGCCGCAGCAGUCGCCGUAUCAUCAAAGCUCUACACAGCAGUCACAUCAACAUCAACCGCAACAGCAGCAGCAUUCGCAUCUACUCCAUGCGCAUCAUCAUCCAACGCACUCGUCGUCGCAUGGCUCCACGGGCUCCAAGUAGAUGCUGACUUUUUUUAUUUUGUUGUUAUUUUAUUUUGUUGUUAUUGUUUAUUUAUUUAUUUUUUGCAUUCGUAUUGUGUUAAUUUUGCUCUCUAUCUCUCUCUCGCUCUCUGUCUCGAUCUAACAAUGUUGCCAGCUCGCUCUGGCUUUCAAAGUAUGUUUUUUAUUUAUGUGUAACUAAUUUCAUAGUACCUUGAGAGUUUAGGAUUAACAAAUAUCUGACCCUGUUCAAAGCUGCAGCCCAUUUAAUGGUGUGUCUUUAGCAAUUUCUCCUACUACCAUCUACUCUUAACUCAACUUCUUCUAGCUGUCACUCUUCUCACACACACACACACACCUUUUUAUCUAACUAUUUAUUAAUUUGUUGUUGGCUUCUUUUGUAGUUGUUUAGGGAAAAAAAUGUUUGUUAUAUUUUAGCAUUUUAGCAUGAUAUUCUAUACACAAAUUUGUAUUGCUUGGCGUAGUCUCAGUAUUAAGCGUUAAACCAAAUUGUUCCAUUUAGACCACAUUCCCAUAUUAUGAAAAACACACACACAACCCAAACAAAUACCAAAUACAUAAGGCCAGAGCAAAGAUACACGAAAAAGUAAUAAUGAAAAGACAUGUUUGGUGCCGAUGCCGCAUUGUAAUUAACUGGAGUCGAAUAUUGUGAUCUUAGCAAGUAAACAGCACCAAAAAAAAAAAAGCAAAUACAAAAAACAAAUACAAAAAAAAAAAAACUAAAUGUAAUUGUAAUUGUUUAUAUAAAAAAAGAAGUCGGAUGUAAUUCAAUUUCGAACUAAUCGAUUAAGCGCCUGUGUAAUUUAGAUAAACCAAAUAGUAGCAUAUAUAUUACAAAAACGGGACAGUCAAGACAUCGGAUCGUAUUGUAUUGGAUAACUAUUUAUGUAUAUUGCAGUUGCAACGUUUUAUGUGUAAACAAUAUUAACAACAGACCCAAGCGAAAUAAAGAUGCUAUUUAUGUA